AUGCCCUAUGCUUGACAAAGCAAGAAAGGGCUAAUGGAUGUGACCUCACUUGACAUAGCAGUUGGCAGUCACGUAUCGCCCAUGAGCAGCCUAGCUUCUUUGCCCAUCUUAUAACUUACUCGCAGAUGGUCACCGCGUGUGGGCGAUCAGGAAUUCAGGAUGCCAUUUUCUCUUGCACAAGCACAACCAAUGGAAAGUAGCACUGUCCAGUGAGAGUGAGAGUGAGACCGGGAGCCUUCUUAUGCAAGGGCGAGCAUCUGGCAACUGGCAUCAUCUGUUAUGGAGGCACCAACAAUCAACAGAUUUCCCAACCAGCAUCUUGCCAUGAUUUUCCCCGUGCUCUUGAUUUUUCUCAGAGCCUCGGCCGCUGCCGUCGCAUCUGACACGCUCAACACCGGCGGCAACAUCACCGACGGCGAGACGCUGGUCUCGGCCGCCGGCUCCUUCACGCUGGGCUUCUUCUCCCCGACCGGCGUGCCAGCCAAGAGAUACCUCGGCAUCUGGUUCACCGCGUCCCCGGACGCUGUCUGCUGGGUGGCCAACCGUGACACCCCGCUCAGCAACACCACCUCCGGCGUACUGGAGAUCGCCGCCAUGGGGAUCCUUCGCCUUCUCGACGGAGGCUCUGGCCAGACCACGUGGUCUUCGAAUACAACGCGAUCCGCUCCUGCCGUGGCGCAGCUGCUCGACACCGGCAACCUGGUCGUGCGCGAGCAGAGCGGCGGCGGCGACGUGCUGUGGCAGUCGUUCGAUCACCCGUCCAACACCUUGCUCGCCGGCAUGAGGCUCGGCAUGGACCCGCAGACAGGCGCCGAGUGGUCGCUCACGUCGUGGCGCGCGCCGAACGACCCGGCGCCGGGCGACUGCCGCCGGGCGUUGGACACCAGGGGCCUCCCGGACUGCGUGUCGUGGCAGGGCGGCGUCAAGAAGUACCGGACGGGGCCCUGGAACGGCCUGUGGUUCAGCGGCGUCCCGGAGAUGGCGUCCUACUCGGAGCUCUUCUCCAACGAGGUGGUCGUCCGCGCCGACGAGGUCGCCUACAUCUUCAACGCCACGGCCGGCGCGCCCUUCUCCCGGCUCGUGCUGAGCGAGGUCGGCGUGCUGCAGCGGCUGGCAUGGGACCCGGCCAGCCGCGUGUGGAACAUCUUCGCGCAGGCGCCGAGGGACGUCUGCGACGACUACGCCAUGUGCGGCGCCUUCGGCCUGUGCAACGUGAACACGGCGUCCACGCUGUUCUGCAGCUGCAUCGCGGGGUUCGGCCCCGUGAACCCUUCGCAGUGGUCCAUGAGGGAGUCCGGAGGCGGGUGCCGGAGGAACGUGCCGCUCGAGUGCGGCAACGGGACGACGACGGACGGGUUCAUGGUGGUGCGGGGAGUGAAGCUGCCGGACACGGACAACACGACGGUGGACAGGAGCGCGACGCUGGAUCAGUGCAGAGCUAGGUGCUUCGCCAACUGCUCGUGCGUGGCCUACGCUGCCGCCGACAUCCGGGGAGGAGGCGCUGGCAGUGGCUGCGUCAUGUGGAUGAAUUACCUCGUUGACGUCCGGUACGUAGACAAGGGGCAGGAUCUAUACGUGAGGUUGGCAAAAUCUGAAUUUGCUAAAGAGAAGAGGAUGGAUGUUGCAAGAAUCGUGCUUCCCAUUCUGGCGUCUGUGCUUGCACUUACGGCAGCAUGCCUGUACCUUGUUUGGAUAUGCAGACUUAGAGGCCAACGUCGAAACAACAAUGCUCAGAAGAAAGAGAUUCUAGGUGAUGAAAACCUAGAGCUUCCAUUUGUAAGCUUUGGGGAUAUUGUUACCGCAACAAAUAAUUUUUCUGAAGCCAAUAUGCUUGGACAAGGUGGCUUUGGGAAGGUUUAUAAGGGCAUGCUGGACGAGAGCAAAGAAGUUGCAAUAAAAAGGCUUUGUCAGAGUUCUGGACAAGGCGUAGAGGAAUUCACAAACGAAGUUGUUCUGAUCGCUAAGUUGCAGCAUAGAAACCUCGUCAGACUUCUUGGUUGCUGUAUUCAUGGAGAUGAGAAACUGCUGAUUUACGAAUAUUUACCAAACAAAAGCUUGGAUUCCUUCAUUUUUGAUUCUGCAAGUAAAAAAGUGCUUGAUUGGACAACAAGGUUCAAGAUAAUCAAAGGAAUAUCAAGGGGACUCCUUUACCUCCACCAGGAUUCAAGAUUGACGAUAAUUCACAGAGAUCUCAAGCCAAGCAACAUACUGUUGGAUGCAGAUAUGAGCCCUAAGAUAUCAGAUUUCGGUAUGGCAAGAAUCUUUGGAGGAAACCAGCAUGAAGCAAACACUAAUCGAGUUGUUGGGACAUAUGGUUACAUGUCUCCUGAGUAUGCAAUGGAUGGCGCCUUUUCUGUCAAGUCUGAUACCUACAGCUUUGGUGUCAUACUUUUGGAGAUUAUAAGUGGUUUGAAGAUUAGUUUAACUCACAUUACGGACUUCCCAAAUCUAUUAGCUUAUGCUUGGAGUUUGUGGAAAGAAGGAAAGGCCAUGAGUCUGGUGGACUCAUCCCUUCUUGGGAGUUGUUCACCAAAUGAAGCUUUGAGGUGCAUCCACAUAGGACUCUUGUGUGUGCAAGACAAUCCAAAUAGUAGGCCGCUCAUGUCGUCGGUGGUGUUCAUGCUAGAGAAUGAAGCUAUAGCACUUUCGGUCCCAAAACAGCCUGUUUACUUCUCGCAGAGGUAUUCUGAAGCCCAGGAAACAGGAGAAAACACUACUAGCUCUAUGAAUAAUAUGGACCUGACAGUGUUAGAGGGACGCUAGAUGGUUAGGUUAUGCAAUGUUUGUAUGUGUAAAUAAUUUAUUUCUUAGCAGAUUUCUUGCAUGCCUUAUUGAGUGCAACUAUAUGUAUUAGAAUACGUCUGAAUAAAAACAGGUAUUAGAAUACAUUAUGUUCUCAAAUAUUGUGCAGUAUUUGACAAUUAUAAUCUGAAUCCAAGAUGUUUUUUUU